GUUUUUUGGGACGGAGGUAGUAUAUAUCAAUCCAGCUCCUGGUUUAAUUUGGCAGCGCAGCGAUGAAAAGAAUGUGGAUUAUUUUGAUCCCUCUGCUCUUACUCCUCCGAGCUCCGCACGUGUGCAAUGGCGGCGUCACGAGCUCUUACAAGAGAAAACCCGAGCCCGCCGUCGAGAUACCGGUCGAAAGCUUUCCUCCGCCGCCGGGCGUCAAUGUGCCCGAACAGGUUCAUAUCACUCAAGGAGACCACGAGGGGCGGAGCAUGAUUGUCUCAUGGGUCACGUCCAAAUCGCGGCACCCCAAUUCCGUGAAAUUCUGGAAGGCGGCGCGUGGCGAUGCUGAGGCGGCGCCCGUCAAACGUAGGGCGUCGGCCUAUUCCACCGCCACUUAUAAAUACUACACGUACACUUCCGGUUUUAUUCAUCACGCGCUCCUAAAAGAUUUGGAGUUCAAUACAAGGUAUAUAUAUGAAGUUGGGAAUGCAGAUGUUAAGAGGCGCUUCUCAUUUACAACACCUCCCAAACCAGGACCAGAUGUUCCUUAUACAUUUGGAGUUAUUGGGGAUUUAGGGCAAACAGAAGCUUCAAAUCAAACAUUGGAACACUAUGUGGCUAAUCCAAAGGGUGAAGCAGUGUUAUUCGUGGGUGAUUUGUCUUAUGCCGAUAAUCACCCUAACCAUAACAAUGUAAAGUGGGAUACAUGGGCUCGGUUUGUAGAGAAGAGCGUCGCAUAUCAACCCUGGAUUUGGACCGCCGGCAAUCAUGAACUCGACUUUGCUCCUGAACUCGGUGAAGACACUCCAUUUAAGCCAUACAUGCAUAGGUAUCAUGUGCCGUACAAGGCAUCCGAGAGCACAUCUCCUCUAUGGUAUUCCAUCAAAAGGGCAUCAGCUUACAUUAUUGUCCUCUCUUCUUAUUCUGCCUACGGGAAAUAUACUCCGCAAUACAGCUGGAUUGAGAAAGAGCUGCCAAAGGUGAACCGUAGCGAGACUCCAUGGCUGUUUGUGCUGCUUCACACUCCAUGGUACAACAGCAAUAACUACCAUUACAUGGAAGGUGAAAGCAUGAGAGUCCAAUUUGAGCCUUGGUUUGUCCAAUACAAGGUUGACAUUGUCUUUGCCGGCCAUGUUCACUCUUAUGAGCGCUCGGAGAGAGUAUCAAACGUGGCAUACAACAUUACAAAUGGGAAGAGUUAUCCGGUGAAGGAUAUGAGUGCUCCAAUUUACAUUAAUAUUGGAGAUGGAGGGAAUAUUGAGGGCAUUGCCGACAACUUUUCAUUACCACAGCCAGACUACUCAGCUUACAGGGAAGCGAGUUUCGGACACGCGCUUCUGGAGAUAAAGAACCGGACACACGCGCAUUAUACGUGGCACCGGAACCAGGACGAUGAACCCGUUGCUGCCGAUUCCACUUGGGUGUACAACAGAUACUGGUUUCCCCGUGAUGAGAGCAGCACGGCGACUAGCAAUUAGUUAGAACAAAUGCUUUGAUUGCUUCAAUUAUUCAUUCAAUUAGCUGAUAUUCAAUUAUAAUUUUUGGACUGAUUGAGGUACUUUUAUGCAACAUUUUUAUGUUUAUUAAUCAAAUAUUUAGAGAGCAUAUAUCCAGUACGAGUAUUUUCAAUCCCAAUAAUUAAAAGUUUAAAUCUACACAUUACAGAAUAUGCAGUAAUGCAACACUUUUGUAACUGUAAUGCUUUUAAAUAGUUCUGCCGCUGAUACAAUGAAAUGAUCAGUUC